GGGGUUGGAAUCUAUACGAUCCAAGCUUAUCAUUAGACUUGCGUAAGUCUACCAACAACAUCUUCAUCAUCAUCACCAUCAUUAUUCAUUCAUACCUAGGUAGGCAAUAUGCCUUUCCUCAAACAACAUACAGAUCAGGUGGAAACACCAAAUGCCGGCUCCUCCAGUAAUGGAGCCAGCUCUGCUAUCAAGGAGGAGCAGAGCUCCCCUCAAGUUGCUCCCGUGAAACAGCAAAGAGUCACCUUCAUGGCGAUCUUCUUCGGCACCGUCGCUUCUAUAGGUGGCUUCAUGUUCGGCUAUGUCUCCGGUCAGAUUUCCGGCUUCUUCUCGAUGUCUGACUUUGCCCAGCGAUUCGGCGAGGAGACAUCCCCUGGCCAAUUCGAAUUCGGAGCUGUGAGGCAAGGUACAAUCGUCGGCCUGCUUCCAGUCGGAUGCUUACUCGGCGCUCUGGCCGCAGGACAACUUGCAGAUAUUAUCGGUCGAAGGCUAGCCAUCUCCGUCUCGGCUCUGUGGGCUUGCGUUGGAAUCGUUAUCGAGAUCUCAUCGCAGCAUGUUUGGGCCCAAUUUGCCGUCGGUCGCUUGGUAACCGGUUGCUCCAUCGGUGCCCUAUCCGUCGUUGUGCCCAUGUACCAGUCCGAGAGUAGCCCGGCUCUCAUCCGCGGUAUUCUAGUGUCGACAUACCAACUUUUCAUCACCCUCGGUAUCUGGACCUCUUAUAUGGUCGACUGGGGUACCGCCGACAUGACUUCGAGCGCAUCAUGGCGUAUCCCUAACGGUCUCGGUUUCCUCUGGUCCUUGAUCCUCGCGCUCGGUAUCCUUGUCCUCCCCGAAAGUCCUCGACACGCCUAUCGCAUGGGCAGAGAAGAAGAAGCCCGCAAUACGAUCGCCAGGUUAGCUGGUGUCGACCCUCAACACCGCAGCGUCCACGACCAGAUCACCGAGAUUCGGGUCAAGUUGGAUGAGGAGAAGAAUAGCGGAAAGGCCAGCUGGUUCGAAAUUUUUACCGGGCCUAGAAUGCUUUACAGAACCCUCCUCGGAAUAACCCUUCAAGCUGGCCAACAGAUGACAGGGGCUAACUUCUUCUUUUUUUUCGCGACGACGACGUUUCGUUCUACUGGGUUAAGUAACAGCUUCGUUACGCAGAUCGUCCUCGGUACAGUUAACGUUGCCACCACAAUUGCCGGAUUGUGGGUUGUGCAGAACGUUGGCCGAAGAAAGGCUCUUAUUGCUGGUGCGGCAUGGAUGAUGGUGUGCUUCUUAAUCUACGCUUUCGUCGGUCACUUCGCCCUAGACUCGGAAAACCCCAUGAACACCCCCCAGGCCGGCUCGACCCUGAUUGUAUUCUCUUGUCUAGCAAUUGCCGCCUUCGCUGCCACUUGGGGACCCCUCGUGUGGGCCAUGGUCGCCGAGCUCUACCCUUCGAGAUACCGGGCUCCUUGUAUGGCUUUAGCUACAGCUUCUAACUGGUUCUGGAAUUUUAUGAUUUCCUUCUUCACACGAUUCAUUACCGACGCGAUCGAUUACUUCUACGGACUCGUCUUUGCUGGUUGUUGUGCAGCUUUAAUUGUCAUCGUAUACUUUUUCGUAAUCGAGACCAAGGACCGCAGCUUAGAAGAGGUUGACACUAUGUACUUGUUACAUGUCAACCCCAUCCAGUCGAGUCAUUGGGACGGGUCUAAGUUACCCGAGGGCGCUGCCGGCACAGAUACGCCCCAGACACAAGAAGAACAUGCUGAAGUUUAGAAAUGCAAUACAAAGAGCGGGGAUAGAUACCUAGUAGAGUAUAUAAGUAAUAGGCC